AAUUUUGAGAGUAUAAAGACUCGAUUCAUAAAAAUUAAUAUUUUUAAGAAUAGAAGACAGAUUUGGAUUUUGAUCAUAUCAUUGAAAUCCCUUUUUUAUUAAACAAUAAAUCCUUUUAAUUGAAGAACAGAGGAGUUACAUCUAAAAAGAGAGAAAAAAACAGAGUCCUUUGAAUAAUCAAACAAAUAUAGAAACCCCCCAACCUAUCAGUUAUCCUAUAAAACGUUCUCCUCUGAAUUUCUCCCCCCCCUCCCAAUUUCGUUCUCCCCAAACAUAGCGACUUUCAAUCUUUCGAUUUACUCUCUAGCCUUCUGCAGCGGAAAGUCUCGCAACCAAAGCUAGAAAUCUUCCGCUUCUAUCGAUCUCGUGCUGAAGGCAAUAAAGGCUGCAAAAAUAUCAUCAUAGAAUGGAAUUAGCGGAUCGAGUAGUCGGUUUCCUGUUAUCUUUCAUCAGCUUAUCCAUUUUCACAUAUUAUACGUUUUGGGUCAUCAUCCUGCCAUUUGUGGACAGUGAUAAUUUUAUCCACAAGUAUUUUCUACCCCAAGAGUAUGCCAUACUGAUUCCUGUUUGUGCCGGCGUGGUGCUUCUCUGCCUCCUCUGCAUGUUUGUUGGGUUCGUGAUGCUCAAAUCCAAGAAGAAGAAGGCUUGAUGCUGUUUCACAUUCUGUUCUUAUAACAUGCCAAGGGUAUAGCAUUUCCUUGCAUUUGGAAGGAUUGUUGCACUUUAUGACUACUGUCUUUGUUGUUCUGUCUGAUAUAUACCUGCUAUAGAGAACUCAGUGUAUUUUCUUUCUUACAUAGUUCUAUGAAACCAUUUUGGAGUAUUUAUGCAUAUUGUUCAAUGGAAGGCUCUCAGCAUUUCCUUUAA